CAAUGGCGGGAUUUAGUAUCACGUUAUGAAAAACAAAAUCUCUACCUCGCUGAGGUGGCAGAACGUCUGAAUGAACUGUGUUUCCUGAUUCCUAAGUGCAAGUCAGCAAUCGCGGAUAGGCAGAAGCUCAUCACAGAUCUGCAAAAGAAGGUCAAGGAAUUCACUGUUAAUCAACAAUCCAAAGAAGCUGAACUAGAACGUUUUCGAAAACGCUUCGAAAUUACAGAUGAUUACGUUAGGUUGCAACUACUAGAAAAGGCCAACACGGUCCCGCAGUUGCUUUGUACUUUGCUUACCGACCUUCAUUCAGUUGCGCCUGCCGUCGAAUACUACACCUCAUUUACUGAAUUUGUAAAUAAAAGUACCUCCGACUCCCAAAAGGCGUCGACCUUGCCGUGCAAUACCCUCCGUCUUCUCCUCUCGUCUGGCAACGUAACAGUUUACGAAUGGAAAAACGGUCGAGCUCCAGACAGUAUAGGCAAGAGCGAUGAUUAUUUGGCCGACAUGCUGACUCAAGAACGCAAACGCGUGCAAAAACUAAAGACCGAGAUUGAAACCUCCGCUCAAAGUGCUGAACUUGAGGUACCCGUUGCCUGUUCACUUGCCAGUUUAUUUUAA